AUGUCCUCACAAGAAUAUGCAACUUUUAUAGAUAUGCCAGUGACACGGGCGCAGGUUGAACACUGUUCGUACUCAUUCUGGUCCUCAUUAUAUUCUAAAUAUGUGCCGAAGUCUAUAAUAAUUAAAUCUUUACCAAAGGAAUUCAUUCAAUAUUUGGAACAGGAUGGCAUCAAACUACCGCAAGAGGAAAACUCAAGGUCGAUUUACACAGAGGAAAUAAUAAGGAAUGAAGAUAAUGAUUAUAGUGACUGGGAAGACGAUGAAGAUACCGCCACCGAAUUUGUUCAGGAGGUAGAACCGCUCCUAGAUUUCCCGAACUUGCACGAGCAACUGAACGACGCAAUGAACGAACUGGGCGCAGUGGCCCCUAAGUUGAACUGGUCGGCGCCAAGGGAUGCUACUUGGAUUUUGCCGAACAAUACUAUGAGAUGUAACGAAGUAAAUGAACUGUACCUUCUUUUGAACGCAUCCAAUUAUAUAAUGCAUGAUCUUCAAAGGGCAUUUGAGGGCUGUGUGGACGGCGAUGAAGAAAAGGGCUUAAAAUUUGACUUGAUUCUUAGGCAAUGGUGUGACAUGAAUCCUGCGCUCGAAUUUAGAGUUUUCGUUAAAGAUUCUCACAUCGUCGGGGCUACCCAGCGUGAUUUGAAUUACUAUGACUAUUUGGAUGAGCUAUCAGACACGUUCAAGGACCUUAUGGAUGAGCUAGUUCACGAGGUUGUUCUACCCAAGUUCCCCGACAAAAGUUUUGUACUCGACAUUUAUGUUCCAAGACCUUUCAAUAAAAUCUUCAUCGUUGAUGUAAAUCCAUUCUCAAGGAAAACAGAUCCCCUGUUGUUUUCAUGGAAUGAAAUCGCUACGGCAGUACCUUCGAAGGAUGGAGGUAAUAGCGAUGAGGACUAUGAACUGAGGUUAGUGACCAGUCACAACACUUGCAGGUUUGCAUCAAAGGAACAUUCCGAAAAUCAUGUUCCCCAGGAUCUUGUUGAAGCGAGUUUAAAUCCGGAAGCAAUAAGGGAGCUCACGCAAAAAUGGAAAGAGCUACUUUCCCAACAGACCCAAGAAGAAAGCAGUGACAGCGAGGAUGGAACGUAG